AUGGUGGAGGUCGAGGAGAGUGUGGCGGUGACGUUCACACUGAACGAGCCGAAGGAGGAGUUUGUGCCUGGGUACGCCGAAAGCCUCGUUGUACAAUUUUUUCUCUUCCGUAGCAUUCGCAGCCGAUGCGCGCUCCUGGCUAAAAUACUACAGGUCGAGGUGUUUGAUCUGGCGCAAGUUAUUGGUGAGCAAUACAACGUGGGCAAUGUUGUGUGUCUGGGUGAUAGCGAGGAGCGGCCGGUUGAAGAGCCGGACUCGACGGGUUCUGAGGAACCUGGUUCUAAAUAUCCACGUAGGAGAAGGCCGAUGACACCUGGUCGGACAGACGAUGAGGACGUGAUAGUGGGGGUGUUCACGAUUUUGAACCUUCGCCAGUUUUGGCAUGUCCUGGGUCCGUUGGGGAAGGUCAUUACGGAGAGCCGUAACGUGACCAUGUGCGAUAUCCUGUCCAAAGCUUUAGCCAAGGAACAUGAGCUAGGCAUCCUGCUCCUAGAACGACUCACCACUGGCAUACCCGAAGCCGUUUGCUGGAAGGCACUCAAAGCCUGCGUAGAAGACGUCAACUGGACGCUCGCUUUAGACCCACAGGAACUCGAACCCGAAGAAGCAGAGGAGCUGCCCUACUACCAUUACAAACACCUCCUCUGUUGCGCCUGGGCCUUCGCAUGUAAUAACACCACGGAAUUAGCACUCAAAAACCUCAACAAAAAACCCAGGCUGACGACUGAGGACGAUCUAACUGUAUCCACUCUAUCCUUCGUUGACGAAGAUGUCCAGGCAAUGUACAAGAAACGGUCGGCAUCCAUAUGUCUCGACACCAAAAUGAAGCUCAAAGCGGAGGACGACAGCAUAAUGCACCGCUACUUGGUGCUGUUCUCCAUUCCGUACAGCUCUUUUGUAAAACUAGCGGAGAAAAAAUGUCCGGAGGACGGGCUCAGGAGUGCCGCUUAG